UUUACCUGGGCACAGUUUGCAGCAAACGGGCAAGCAGGCAAGCAGGCAGGCUGGCAGGCAGACUUGUGUAGCUUCUGAGGCCUUCAUCUCGCUUCUUGACCACGGCAUCCAGCAUAAACUAGGACAGGACAGGGCAGUAGAGCACUUUUCUGGCUGUGCUUUGGUCCCCACGGCCCAUCUUAUUCUCACACUGAACAGGCUCCAGACCAUGGUCCGCCACACUGGAUGCAGCAUGAGUGCCCUCCCCAGUGUCAGUGCUGAGAGCCAGUUGUCCGCCUCCUGGGCCCCCCAUUACUCAGCUACAGAUGUGCCCAUGGUGACGUCCAGCUACCCUGCCAGCCGACUGUGGGCCCAAGAGCAGCAGCAGCCCCAAUGCUGGACCAAGUUCCAGGUGUGGGAGUGGCUCCAGCAGACCCUGGACGUGCACCAGAUCGACGCCGGUGGUAUCCCCUUCCACAACUUCGACAUAGACGGCAGGCAGCUCUGCAACAUGAGCUUCCAGGACUUCACCCGCGCAGCUGGGCCCGUCGGCUCCAUCCUCUACCAGAGCCUGGCCGACAUCAAGUGGGGCGCACAGUAUGCUCCGGAAAUCUACCCAACCAUGGACAUCAAGACUGAGAUAGACGAGUUUCCUUGUUCUCUUCUUCCUUUUAAAGACGAAAGUGGCUUCUUCCAAACCUCAGACUUUUUUGAUAUCAAACCAUCAUUCCCAACCUCAGUAACAUUGAGUUCACCAGCGCCCUCAAGUCCAGACCCAAAGAGAUCACAUAACAGACCCCAUCCUGUCAAAAAACACAAUCCCAGAGGGACGCACCUGUGGGAGUUUAUCCGUGACAUCCUCCUGAACCCGGAGCGCAACCCGGGCCUGAUCAAGUGGGAGGACCGUUCCGAGGGGGUGUUCCGCUUCCUCAAGUCGGAGGCCGUCGCUCAGCUGUGGGGCAAGAAGAAGAACAACAGCAGCAUGACCUACGAGAAGCUCAGUCGAGCCAUGAGGUAUUACUAUAAGAGAGAGAUUCUGGAGCGAGUGGACGGCCGAAGGCUAGUGUACAAAUUUGGCAGGAACGCACAGGGGUGGAGAGAGUCAGAAAAAUGAAAAGGUCACCCCGACACACUAUUGAACCACCAAGUAAACCCAUUUACCUUAUUUAUGAUGUUGUGACAUUUAUGUUUGUAAUGAAGACAUGUACUCUGUGAACCGUCUUUAAACUGUUUGACCUUUUAAUUUGCUCAUUUGCAGUUUUUUUUAUUGUUACUUUGUUUACCUGUGUUUUUGAAAGAACAUCCUGUGUAUGUUUUUUAAUUUUUGGAUGUCUGAAAUGAUUAAAAUGUUGGGUUACUUUGUAAUCCUGGUUUUCUGAGUAAAGAGACUAUCUCUCCAGUCCUCAGUCCAACAAGGAUGCUUAGGUACAAGUGGGUGACCGGAAUGUGUCUUUAAAGCCUUUCCAUGGCAGCCGGAUCCCAGCCAUACGUCUUGAGGCGCUCCACGCAAUUUCACGUCAGUCUGGUCAAGAUGGCGACUUCCAAUUUAAUCUGGGCAUUUUCAAUGGCUUUACGACAAAGACACAUAGGCCCGUCAGUGGUUGGUUAUGCAGGUAAGUCUGAGGAAUGAGUAGCCCUCAGAACACUGAAACUAUGACAGCUAGGCCAGGCUAGAAGAUUACAGAAACUUCCCACUUGAGAUAGCCUAGCUAUGUUGAUGGUACUUGCAGACGGGGUGACCCCGAGAUAUAUGCCAAAUUGGUUGCUGUGUAUUUUUUUCCCUAAUGAUAUGCUCACUGGCAGCCAUAUUAGAAUAUCUCUUUGUUUCACUCUUGCUUUGCACUGCCAUCUUGAAAUACCCAUCACAGAAUUAUCGAUAUGUAAGUGGAGUGGUAGCCUUAAGGCUAAAGUUACAGGAUCUUUGCAGCAAUGAAAGAUUACCUAUCCUCUGCCAACGAAUCACUAACAUUGUUUUUGUGGCAAAAGCCAUUUAUUCUAAUGUAGCAUAAUUUAAUCAACUGAAAACUGUGAAUUAAUGUUUAAGUAAACAAGCAAUGUAAUAAUACCAUUAGCCAAAUGCACACACAAUGCCUUACAAACAACUUCGUUCAGUUUGAUAUUUCAACAUCUGCUUCCAACUUUUUUUCCCACUUCCACCGAAAUCUUGGGGAUUUUGGAUGAACCCCUUCGUGCAGAGCCUAUGUUAUAACCUUACUGUCACCAACAUUGUAAAGGCUAUCUUAAUCUGUUACUUAUAGGUGCACUGUUUAAUAUUUUUAGUAGUGUAUUUCUAGAAUUCAUGCUGACCAUUGACAAAUAUUUCCUUUUUCAUGAAUCCUUACCACCACCAUUAUAUUCAAAGUGUUUGUUAUGACUGGGAAAAUUGUACGUUUCAUACAUGCUGAUCUUCCCCAUGUCUGCCAUUUUGAAUCUCCAGAAAUAGACAUUUUUAUCUGCAAAACAUACCAUACUUUGGUCAUACUAAUAAAUAUUAGUUUAUUACUUGGUAAAUAUUCAUGAAAAGAUCAAAAUUGGCAAAAAGGCAGCACAGCUUCAAUGAGCAGCAUAGUUGCAAUACCUAAUCUGGCCACCAUCCUACACAGUGCACCUUUAAGGCGCUCGGUAAUGUCAUAGCAAUGUUGUUAUUACGUAGCUUAGUAUUUUCAGCAAAUAGUGAAUUGGCCUGCCGGCGACCCCAUCUGCACAAAGAGGCUACACUCAUGAACUUUCCUCCGUGCUAUACUAAUGUAUACAAGGGGAGAGCUGAGAGAACACAAAAUGGUUCUGGCAAAGCUCAGAAAAUGUGUGUAUGAAGAACAUACUGAACCCUUUUUAAGUGAUUUCAAGCAGUACUGUAAAUACUGAAAUGUU